CUUUCUGAAACCCUAACCCUAAAUUUUCUUAACUCGUUCUCUUUUUUGUUUUUUUCUCUCUCUUUCUACACGGUUUUCUAAGAUUUUCUUGGUAUUUGCUGCUGCUGUUUAGUAUCUCUGAAACCCUAAGUACUAGUGGACCCUAGUCAUAAGAGUUGUGCGCUGAACCCCAAAUUUUUUUGCUGAAGCUUGUCAGUUCUCUAUUUGCAAUUGCUUUGAUCUUCAAUUAGUUUCAUGUGAAAUUCAUCCAGUUCCUCUCAAGUUCUUACUUUUUUUUGCGGGCUUUUUCAAUGAGAUGUGAGGAAAGAGGAUGUCAGAAACUUAAUUUGUGACAACUGUGCCUUUUCCCCUAAAUUCGACCAUUUUCCCUUGUAUUCCCUGCAAAUCCAUGGCUGCAGUUGAAGGAAAUGAAAGGGUUAUCGCCACAGCUCAACAGAUAGUGAAGAGUCUCGGAACUUCAAAAAAUGCAGAGAAAGACAUGCUUAUGAUCCUCUCGAGCUUUGACAACCGCUUCUCUGAUCUUCGUGUUAAUUCACCGAGCUCUGAAAUGGAGGAUAGUCUCGAUCUUGCAGAGGAGAAGCUUCUCAAAUGGGACCUAGAUUCCACUGAACUAUCAACGAAGAACUCUCUACUCUGGGAGAACUUCCCUGAAGAGGCAAAGGAAUACCUAACCCUAGUUGAUAAGGUUAUCGACAUUGCCAAAACCCUAGAAAACACCUCUCUGAAACCGGAUGAUAAGGAUGCUGAGCUCCUUGAUCGAUCUCAGACCCUGAUCCAGAUAGCUAUGGCUCGUUUAGAGGAUGAGUUUCGCCAUAUCCUGAUUCGUAACACUAUGCCUUUGAAUCCUUCCUGCCUGUUUAGCUCCUUUUCUAGGGUUUCAAGGGCUAUUUCAAGUGUUUCUAGGGUUUCCAUCACCUCCACUGAUGAAUCUAGGGUUGCUAGGGUUUCACUUGGAUCGAAUGAUGAUUCUAGGGUUUCUAGGGUUUCGAUUGGGUCAAAUGAGGAUUCAAUUUAUGAUGAUGAUGAAGAAGAAGUUUUGGAAGAGGAUUUCACUGGUGAAGAAUAUGGUGGGGAGGCAGCAGAGGGCCUGAUAAGGAUCGAAGCCAUUGAAGACCUCAAGGAAAUUGCGGAGUGUAUGCUAUCUGCUGGUUAUGAGAGGGAGUGUUGCCAAGUCUACGCAUCAGUUCGACGAGAAGUGUUUGAUGAGUGCUUAUCGAAUUUGGGUGUUGAGAAACUGAGCAUUGAGGAGAUUCAGAAAAUUGAAUGGAAUGAACUCGACGGUAAGGUAAAGAAAUGGAUACAAGCCAUUAAAAUCCUUGUCAAAGUGCUCCUUUCUGGUGAAAAGAAUCUAUUGGAGAAGGUCUUUGAGUACACUGAAGAGGUGAGGCAUGCUUGUUUCAUUGAGUCGGCUAAGGGGUCUGUUAUGCAGCUUCUGAAUUUUGGGGAAGCUAUUGCCAUAGGUCGGCGCAAACCUGAGAAGCUCUUUCGAAUUCUUGACAUGUAUGAUGGGUUGGCUGAGGUCUUGGAAGGAUUGAAUUCAUUGUUUUGUGGUGAUCAUAUAGUUGCAGAGGCCGAAGGGUUGUUAACCAGACUUGGUGACGCAGCAAAAGUCACAUUAGAGGAGUUUGAUAAUGCAAUCAAGAGAGACACAUCUCGGGUCCCUGUUCAAGGGGGUGCCCUCCAUCCCCUAACCCGUUAUGUGAUGAAUUAUGUCAAAUUGUUGGUGGAUUACAGUGACACACUUAAUACUCUUUUGGAGGGUACAAGUGAUAAUAAUUGGGUUUUUCAGGGCAUUGAUGAGGAUAGUGGAAAUGUGAGUGUGAAUUCCCCCUUGGCCCAACGUCUCCUAUGCUCGAUUCUCUCGCUUGAAUCAAACCUCGAAGAGAAAUCGAAGCUUUACAAGGAUAUGUCCAUGCAAUGUAUAUUCCUUAUGAAUAAUAUACAUUACAUCGUUAGGAAGGUUAAGGAUAGCGAGCUUGGGGAGCUUUUAGGGGAUGAUUGGGUCCGGAGGCAUCGGGGGAAGGUUAAGCAGCUUGCUACUAAUUAUUUGAGGGCUUCAUGGAACAGGGUGCUAGCUUGCUUGAAGGAUGAGGGACUAAGUGGGGUGGGGGGUUCUUCUAGUUCGGUCUCAAAGGUUGCCUUGAAAGAGAGGUUUAAGAGUUUCAACUCUGGGUUCGAAGAAAUUUACAGGAAUCAGACCGCUUGGAUGGUCCCAGAUGCUCAACUACGAGACGAUCUUAGGAUAUCUAUAUCAACAAGAGUGAUUCCUGCUUAUCGUGCAUUUAUGGGGAGGUUCAGUACCUACUUGGAGAAUGGGCGGCACGCUGAAAGGUACAUUAAGUUCACACCUGAAGACCUUGAGAAUUAUAUUGAGGAUUUGUUUGAGGGGUCACCGGGAUCCUUGAACAACCCAAGGAGAAAGAUUAGUUCCUGAUGUGUGUCUGUUUAUUUGGUAAGCCUUUACUCAUAUAAUUAUGAUUUGUUUUUAUCAUGUUGGGGAUUUCUUCUUGUUGAUUCAGAAAGCUCUCUGAAUUGCUUGGUGCAUCGUUCUUUAGUUUUGAUGUAUUCUGUAUAAUCACAGGAACUAUAUUAAUACAUGUGUAUGCCUUUUGUGUAGUUCAAUAAAAAUGUACAGAUAGUGCGUCUGAAACAUUUAUUUUUUU